AUUCAUAAUGGGCAAAUCUCAUGACGAGGCUGCCAUCCGCAAAGCCUGUGUCACGUCUCAGGCCGAUUAAGACACCGAACAGUGGGAAAACCAAGAAGAAAAUAUGCGUUUCCCAUCGGCUUAUGGACAGCAACUACAUUAUACUAUCAGCCCUUUUCUGGCAAGUCGUAAAACGAUCACAACAUCCAGAAAAUAACUCCUAAGACAAGGAAUCUACUGAAAGCGAAACCAUCCACAGUUCGAUAACGGCAUGACCGCCGAAAAAUUACAACCCAUGCCUGCGGAUAAUCUUCCGAGACGAUCGCGGUCAAUCCGCCGGACUCGCAGAGAUUAUCCACCAUCGGCCGCGGGCGAUGAUCCUGCGUCACGGGUUACAUCAGCGAGCAGGACUGUACGCGAGGAUCCAGAUGCAUUAACACCGGAGGGAUAUGCCGAUGCUGUACGCAGGCAUUCGGUCCUCAACAAUGGGAUUGGACGAAAUUACAUAUGGUUAAGCGACUUCUUGGGGCUGAAUAUAUCGACAUCUGUAUAUGUGCGGAAAACCGCCCCUCGAGAUUUGAAGAGUUGGGUGGUACAGUAUCCCAUUGCCGGCGAUGAUGAUAUUGCCGAUGCGCAGGAGAGUUCACUUGCGUUGACGCCAACUUUAUCACCAAGAAGCAUCUUAUCCGAAGAAUCGACUGAUAACACUGGAGACUCAUUUGCGGGUGAGAGACGCUCCAGCAAGGAGAGUUCCGGGCAAGAUGAGCGCAGAAAGUUCAUCUCGUUCUCGACACACAAAGAGUUCUCUGCGAGUAUCGCGAGCCGGAAUCCAUUUCAGUCCACUGUCACAUUUCUUCACGGUUAUACAUCGCCGGCAUGGAUCAAUCACAUAGGCGCCGGAUACAACAUCGACCCGGAGUUCUUCUGCCGACAUCUGGAUUUUCGGGGUCCCGAGGAAUCUCCGAUAAGCUUUUCCAUACCUUCGAUACCAUCAUCAUGCUGCUAUCUGAUCGAUCUUCCAGUGAUCACAAUCGGCGAGCGUGACGAUUGUACCUCAAGCUGCACAUUGCACGAGGCACAUAUUGAAGCCUUGAGGAGAGAAGCUGCGAUUGCUCUAGAUGCUCAUCGUCGGGAGAUCAAAUACAUAGAUCAGAACAGGCCCAAAAUGGUGGAUGGCCAGUCAAUGGUACGAGAUUACUACGUCUUUGAUGAGACGCACUUUGCCGUUGAGCAGCGUAUUUCCAUUUGCAUGGAAAGACCCGGGGAUGAUCCAACCUUUCAGUUAAUCGUCUGGUCAGACUCCGGAGACAAUUACCAACCACAUUCAAACUCCCCGGAUUGGCCUCAAUGGAAGAGUUGCCUCCCCGUCAUCGUGCACAAGCACAAAAUUGCCCUUAAGGCACGGCGUCCGAGCCAAGGCAAGUGGAACUCAACCCCAUCUAUCCACUCGGCCGCCGACAUCCACAAAGAGUACGGUCACUCCCUGGAUCCGGCCACCAUGGCCAAGGACGCUUUCUACUGUUUGACCGAGAUCUUCAGCUUCGCCGCCUCCUCCCAGAUGCAGUUCCUCAACCUCAUCGACCUCAAGCUCGACCGGUACACCUCCCUCCCGACCAAAGAGGACUUUAAGGUGCUCCCCAACCUCAAGUACACCAAGAAGAUCCUCGAACGCUAUAUCCAAAAGACCGAAUGCGUACUGGAAAGCAUCCGCAGCGCAACCAGCUCGCAGUCUCGCUGGCCCAAGGCUUCGGACUCGAGCAUCCACGAUCCCAGUAUCAACGAUGGAAGCGAACAAAAGGCCAGGAUCGCCGCCCAACGGACAGAGCAGGACUUCCAACACCUGCUUAACCACGCCGAGACCCUGCAUCGUCGCACGACAGAGGCUAUCACCGUUCUACUCUCGAGUAUCUCCAUCUCGGAGUCGCAGAGAGCGCUAGCGGAGGCGGAGAGCAUGGGGAAGCUCACAUUCCUGGCGUUCACCUUUGUUCCGCUGUCAUUUACGACCAGCUUCUUCGGCAUGAACGUCGGAGAGCUGGAUGGCCAGACGCCGCUGUCGAUAGGGUGGUGGGUACAUGGGGAGAAGAAGAAGGAGAAGAGAUGAUUUGACUGGAGAAUGAACCAAAAUAACGGGUCCCGCCGUGGACAGUUAGAAACUGGGAGGCAGAUCUUGUGAGGAGUUUGGUGGGAGUUCGUUGCGAGGCGUGGGUUCUGUUUUCCGGAGGUAAGGGGCUCAAGGGACACCCUUUUCUCCGGGGCCUUGAUGAUUGAGAUACCCAAAAGUUACGCAUUUUGAGAACCUUGGAUGGUGGAUGAUUUUUUUCUCUCUCCCCCUUCUUUUUUCUUGAAAAUAACGAAAUAUCGCUUUUGGUAGGAGAGAACAACAACAAAUAUUAGCGGAACACACCUAACAGCGUUAAUACCUAGGUAUAUAGCCGGCAAGGGAACCCUGUGACACCACCCUUUGAAGCCAG